AUGAGCGAAAAAGCUACGGUCGACGCUCCCGCUCCCGCUCCCGCUCCCGCUCCAGAGCAAGACCAACAACCCGACACACCACCAUACUCCAUCUUUACCCUCAGCGAAAAACGCCGGAUAGUCUUCCUCGUCGCAUAUGCAGGCCUCUUUUCCCCUCUCAGCAGCUUCAUCUACUAUCCCGCACUGUUCAACAUCGCCGAGGAUCUAAACAUCACACUCACCAUGGCCAAUCUGUCGAUCACAACCUACAUGCUUGUAUCCGGAAUAGCGCCUUCCCUGUUGGGUGAUAUGGCGGAUACCAUGGGCCGCCGACCGCUGUUUCUGUUUGCUAUUCUUACGUAUACGGUUGCUAAUGUGGGGUUGGCGGUUCAGAGGAGUUAUCCCGCGUUGCUUGUGCUGAGGAUGGUGCAGAGUGCGGGGAGUAGUGGUACUAUCUCUUUUGGAUACGCUGUUGUCAGUGACAUUGCUACGCCUGCUGAGCGAGGUGGGUAUAUUGGAGCAGUUCUACUGGGUCCGAACGUAGCGCCCAGCCUCGGUCCCGUUUUGGGUGGCAUACUCGUCCAAUACGCCGGAUGGCCUUGGAUCUUCUGGACCCUUGCAAUACUAUCCAGUGUUAACUUCUUCAUACUCGCCAUUACGCUCCCAGAAACCGCUCGCAAAAUCGUCGGAAACGGGUCAAUCAUGCCUACACGCCUUUUGAACCGUUCCUACCUGGCGCAGAUUAAGCUCAAGUCGAAAAAGUCGCCAAAAAUAAGCGCUGAGAAUGAGAAGACUGCUCAGCCAGUGCGAAUGCCCAGUCUCAAGCCUUGUUUCAAAGCACUCUGGCAGAAAGAGAACGCACUGAUCAUGCUCAUUAACGGCCUAUUUUAUAUGACUUACUGCUGCGUUCAAGCAUCGCUAUCAACUCUCUUCAUAACAAUAUACGGUUUCGAGGAACUGUACGCUGGCUUGAUAUAUAUUCCGUUCGGAGUUGGUUGCGCUUUGGCUUCAUACACUUGCGGUAAGUAG